GAUUAAAUGACAUAGAACCCAUGAAGUACAAUAGUCAAAAGCUCUAGUACAAUACCCAUGAGAAAUUUUGAAGAUAUGAAAGGAGCAGAGGAAGUAGAAAUGGAGAAGGAACUCUAUGUUGCCGCCAUGAAAGGUAAUAUAGAGUUCCUUCAAGAAGAAAAAGCUCAAAGCGACAAAUAUUUACGUAACAAAACCCAUGAAAAGAACAAUCUCAUUCACGUAGCAAUUCGACACGAGCAACAUGAUUUUAUAGAAGCAUCUCUAAAAAGAUUAUUCACCAUUAAUGGUGAGCUUAUUAGUGAGAGAAAUGCCAAAGGAAACACCCCUCUUCAUGUUGCGGCCGAGGUCGGAAAUUUAAGCAUUGUGAAUUUACUCUUUGAUUGCCUUGAGGUCGAAGCCGGUGAGAAGUCAUGGAGUAUACAAAACUUGAAGGGAAACACUCCUGUUCAUGUUGCAAUUAUUCAUAAUAAUGUCAAGGUUGCUAGAUUUUUGUUGGAGAAAUAUUCCAACUUGGCUCGAAUUGUUAACAACUUCAAGGAAACACCUCUUCAUCUUGCAAUCAAACACCAUGUUAACUAUUCUGAAAGUGAAUCAAUUAUGGCGAAAAUGAGACAACCAAUCAAUGAGGGAGGAGUAGCCUUGGCCAUAAAAUUUUCAGCAGCAGAAGAUAUGUCAUGUAUGAUAGAUUUUCUAAUAGAGAAAGGAAGUUGUGUCACAUGUUGGCCUGAUGCAAAUGGUUUGACUCCUCUUCAUAGAGCAGCAUUGCUGAGCAUACCUUACAACCUGCAGAUCAUAAGAACCAUCCUGUACUAUUGGCCGCAAUCGGCAGAGGUCUGUGAUGCUUCUGGUAACACUAUCUUACACCUUCUGAUAAGUAGGAUGCCAAACUACCAAGAAGGUAAGAAUUUACUUAAAUUUAAGGAGAUAUACGCCCUCAGAAAUUAUCAGGAUCAACAAGGAAAUACGCCAUUACACAUUGCUGCAAGGAAUAUGGACAUUAGUAUGGUGCGAGUUUUACUGGAAUCCUCCGCGAAACUGAGCAUCAAAAACAUGGAAGGCAUCUCAGCUACAUCUUUGAUUCUACAACAUAAUUUGCCAGAGAUGCUAAGGAAACGAAAAAUGACGUGGGAGGAAUCAGAAGCAGGGGAUAGAGGAGAUAUAACCUUUCUAAGGGAAAGAAUGAGCAAGUUAGGAAUGGAUUUCUUACUUUCAGAAGAUUCCAAGGGAAGGAAUGUCCUACAUAAGUUGAUGCAAAUAAAGAAUGAUAGCCAUAUUAUGCAUGAUGACUUUGUAGAUUUCAUCCAACAAGUUCUUGGAAGUUUUCCUGCUCUUGUUUAUCAGACAGAUAUUAACGGGGACACUCCAGUUCAUGUCCUUGUGCGAAAUCGUCCUGAUACAACAAUUUAUGUUGCUUCAGGAAAUCAGAAUGCCUCUGACAAAACAUACGAUUUUGUUUUCUCGUCAGUGUGGCGAUCAGGCCUUUUGUCAUUGUUACUAGAGCUAUGCAGUGAGUGUAUCCUUAAAAAUCAACCAAACACACCAUGGUUGGUGCAGAAUGCAGAAGGUAAUACACCUUUGCAUGAAGCACUCUUAGCAAAUAACAACACAUUGGUAAGAAGCUUGUUAGUGCAUGAUUCGAGAUCAGCUGGUUUAGUCAAUAAAUGUAAAGAGGCACCUCUGCAUCUGCUCGCUGGAUGUCCCAUUAACAACGAUGAGCCAUUCAUGAAAGAAGACAUACAGGCGAUGGUAGAAGCGAAAGAUGAGGUGGCACAUUGGCUCGACAAGGAUGGUCUCACUCCCUUACUGAGAGCGUUUCAAGCUGGUAGCCUGUCUACAGCUACAGAACUAUGCACAAUUUGCCCGGAAGCAGCAGAAACAUGUGACGCGAAUGGCCAGACAUUUUGGCACCUGCUUGUAAAUCAUCCAUCAGGAUACUUUGUGUUUCGCCUUCUUCAAAAUAAGGCUUUAAGAGAUUUGUUGAAAUUAAAGGACAAAAAAGGAAACACACCAUUGCAUCUGGCAAUUGAAGGUAACCGUUUUGAUCUUGUAAAAGAUUUCCUUGACAUCUGGGGACGUGAACAUGAGUCAUCCAAGAGCAAAGAUCAUUGGCUAGUAGAUCUAUUAGAAAUACAGAACAAAGCUGGUAAAACCCCUGCUGAUUUAAUAAGAGAAUCACCCAGUCUUCCUCCCAAUAUCGAAAAAAGCCUUAUGGAUAAAAAUGAACUGAUAGGUGUUCGAAGUGUAUGGGGAAUUCCUACAACAGAGAUGAAAACAUAUGUGAACACAAUAGGUAUAAUAGCAGCUCUUCUAACAACGAUAACGUUCACAGCAGCAUUCACAGUUCCUGGUGGACUAGUACAGGACAGUGGAACUCCAAUUCUGAUAAGCAAGGCAGCAUUUCAAGUUUUCAUGAUAUCAGAUAUAUUAGCAAUGUGCUUAUCAAUGAUGGUUUUGUUUUGUCUCCUAUGGAUCAUGGCUACUAGUAACAAGCAAAAUUCAGUGAUGAUACUGGAUUUCAGCGUAUCAUUGCUGCUUGCAUCAUUUUUCGCGACUCUGCUAACUUUCAUGGCGGGUUUGUAUGUAACUACAUUCCCUGUCGAACCAUGGAUCGCGAUUGUGACAUUAGUUCUGUGCUCUUUGCUGAUGCUGCUGGUCCACAAAUUUCUUGUCAUCAAUUUGUUGAUCCCUUGUGGAAAAGCUGUAAUUAUUUUUGUGAGGAUGUUUUGGUGGUGUGCUGCUAGAUUAUGCAAUAAAAUUAAGAUAUGCUGUAAGAUGAAUCCGAGCAGGCGUAGACUUGGAGUAGUUGGCCAAGGUUACACUCGUCAACGUAGGCUUCUUAGUGUGUAGACAAGAUUAGUGAAGAAGCCUUUUGGUGGGUGGGGAGUCUCUAGCUGCCUUGAACAAGUAACAACUACUACUUUGCAAUCAUAGACGUUUGUAAUAUUCCUACUUUAAUUUUGAUGAUUCUACAUCUAAGAACUGGUAACAUUAUAAUUUA